AUGCUGCUGCUGGCGAGAUGUCUCCUGGUGCUGCUGGUCUCCUCGCUGUUGAUGUGCUCGGGGCUGGCGUGCGGACCCGGCAGGGGAUUUGGCAAGAGGCGGAACCCCAAAAAGCUGACCCCUUUAGCCUACAAGCAGUUUAUCCCCAACGUGGCCGAGAAGACCCUAGGGGCCAGCGGAAGAUACGAGGGGAAGAUCACCAGAAACUCAGAGCGAUUUAAGGAACUCACCCCCAAUUACAACCCCGACAUCAUAUUUAAGGAUGAAGAAAACACUGGAGCGGACCGGCUGAUGACUCAGAGGUGCAAGGACAAGCUGAACGCCUUAGCCAUCUCCGUGAUGAACCAGUGGCCGGGCGUGAAGCUGCGGGUGACUGAGGGCUGGGAUGAGGACGGCCACCACUCGGAGGAGUCGCUGCACUACGAGGGCCGCGCAGUGGACAUCACCACCUCGGACCGCGACCGCAGCAAGUACGGCAUGCUGGCGCGCCUGGCCGUGGAGGCCGGCUUCGACUGGGUCUACUACGAGUCCAAGGCGCACAUCCACUGCUCGGUGAAAGCAGAGGCGCACGUCCUCGGAGUCCAGGUGCAGAGGGCAUCUGGCUACCCUGGCCGCCCUGCAGCCCGGCUUCCGGAGUCCUCAGUGCAGGUGGCAGGAGACGGGGAGAAAAGAUUGGGGGUGGUGGGGCGGGGACCGGCGGCCGGUCACAAAUCCAGUAGUUACGGCUUCCAACAUCUGGAGGGCGCCAGCCCGGAGCGCCAGUCCUCCCUGGGAACCAGCCAGGCCGCCCUGCGCCGCGAGGCCGCUUCCCUGGGCCUGCAACGCCACUCGCUGUUGCGGGCGAGGAACAGCUCCGGAGGCAGGCGCGCGCGCGGGCGCAGGCCCCGACUCGGCCGGGCGGUCCUGCCACCUCCCUGCAGAAGCAGAGCAGUCCACAGGGGGUGUCGGAGGAGCUCCGUCUCCCCCGCCCCUGGGUUUGCGUUUGUCCCCUAA